AAGGGACUCGACUCCGCGUAGUCUACAGUCUAGCUUGAUCAGCAUGGUGACAUUGGUUUGAGGUCCAUACAAAGUCUCUUUUCUGCGUUAUAAAUGGGUUGCAGGACAUAUUGUGCGGUUUUCGUAGCAAUUGUCAGUAUUUCAGUGGUGGUAAUUCCCAUUAUUUUGAGUAAGUAUUUUGCUAACGAUUCUAAGCCCCCGCCCCUCGAUCGUGAAGAAUGGUGGGGCAAAGGAGACAAGAACAAUAACAAGCCGGAUUCCAGCGUGUAUGAAUUCCCUAUCAGCUUGACAGACGGAGUUCUUAAGGAUCUUAACGAAAGAUUAUCCAAGACUCGUUUCUUUGAAAACUUGGACGGUAUCGAUUGGGAAUACGGUAUAAAUCCUGACUACAUGAGAGAAUUGACCGAGUAUUGGAGGACGAAGUACGAUUGGCGUAAGCAAGAGAAAAUUCUCAACACAUACAAACAUUACAAGACAAAGAUAAAUGGAAUAAAAAUCCACUUUCUGCAUUUUCAACCUGAAUUGAGAGAGGGCCAGAAAAUCGUUCCAAUUAUGCUGGUUCAUGGUUGGCCAGGGUCGUUUUAUGAAUUCUACAAGGUCAUUCCAAAGAUUGUAGCAUCUUCAACAGAAGAUUAUGCAUUUUCUAUCAUUUGUCCAUCGAUUCCAGGUUAUGGUUUUUCAGAAGCCCCUCAUAAGCCAGGCUUUGAGGCGUUUGCCGCAGGACGGAUAUUUAGCAAGCUGAUGGCACGACUUGGUUAUGAGUCCUAUUACAUUCAGGGUGGAGAUUGGGGAAGUGCGAUAACACGUGCAAUGGCACUCAUGGAUCCUAGUCACAUUCGAGGACUUCAUUUAAACAUGUUCCCAGUGUUUGAAAAAAACCCCUUGUCCUAUAUUCAGGCAAAAGUCUUCUUUCCAGAAAAGGAGCAGCAAAAGAUUUUCCCAUUGUCAAAGUUGGUGAUUAAAAUUCUGCGUGAGGGAGGAUAUUUUCACCUACAAGCAACUCGACCUAACACUGUUGCGUUGGCAAAUAAUGAUUCACCUGCUGGCCUGGCAGCUUACCUUGUGGAAAAGUUUGCAAUGUGGAGUGGCUGUGCAACCAAUGACACAGCAAUCUGUUUGGAAUCGUGCUUUACAAAGGAUGAAAUGCUGACAAAUGUGAUGAUAUAUUGGGCCACUCACUCUAUUGCUUCAUCAAUGAGGCUGUAUUAUGAAGUGAUGCAUAGUGAUGAUGAAUUGCGCUCUGCAUCACGUAUCCCCGUUACAGUUCCUUCUGCAAUGGCUGAUUUUCCCCAUGAACUUUUUCGGACUCCAGAACCUUGGAUUCACAACAAAUUUACAGACAUUGUUCAGUUCACAGAAAUGCCUCGCGGUGGACACUUUGCUGCCUUUGAAGAACCUGAGUUAUUUGCUGCAGAUGUUAUUCAGUUUGUCGCGAAAGUAGAAAAGCGUUUACUAGAAAAAACAGCAGAAGAACGUCAGGAAACCACUGGCUGAGGGGGAUGUAUGAAACUGAAGGAUUAUAUAUGCAGGAUAUUUGUGGUAGUAAAAAACUAUAAUUAACUAUUAAGGGGUAAGUUUCUAAAGAAAUUGUGAUGCUGCGUCGGUGGGGUAUAACAAGAUAAUUCAGUUUUAUCAACUGAGUUGAAAAUGCAUUGGCCACCGUUUCUGCAAUUUUAAAGCUAAGAUUUCGAGUGGUAACCUUCGCCAGAGCAAGUGUCAGGCUGUAGGCAAAACAGACCUGUUAAUUUCCGUAUUCAUAGAGAAAGAACGUCAAAGUUACUGAAUUUCUGUUCAUGAACUCGUUCUUGCAACUGGUUUUGAAAGUUUCUUUAUUGGUUGGAAUUUAGUUUUCAAGAAAUUACCUUUCUUGAAAGGAUCAUUUCUUGAUCAUCGCAUUUAAAUGAUACUUGACCUGCAAGUGAUGCACAGGUAAGAGAUCCUCCUAGGUUAGCUGCAGUUUAGAAAAUUGAAAAAAAAAAGCCGGAAAAAAUUCAGGAUUCGAGGCGAUUCAAACCCGUUCUUUAAGAUACUUGUUGGGCACUACCACCACAAACAUGUCAGAGAUGAGGCACAUUCUUUCGGAUUGUUGUUUGUUUUGUUUUUUAUUUCCGUAAAAGAAUGUGAUAGUGCCUCAACUUAGUACUUUUGUGAGAGACACAUUGGACUGUUUUGGAAAAAAAAAAUGAAGAAACUGGCUUCGAUUUUGAUAUGUAUUUGACAUAUCACCCUCUAUAAAAUGAGAGAGAUAUCAUGAGUGCCCUGGUUGGUCAAAGGCCUAACGUUUAUUGCACCAUUAAACCCAUAGGAAAUUUUGGACUUGAUUUUCCUUCGGAAUUUACUUGCUUUUUUCAAUGUUUAACCAAAGAUCAUUGACUUAAUCUUCGCUAUGUAUUUACAUUUCUUUUAAAUUCAUACGUCUCUGGACGCUUAAAAUAUUUCGGUAUACAUGUAUAUAGCUGUUGGCAUAACAUGCGGAUGAAAUCACCUCCCAACUAUUGAAUGGAAACAUUGAGGAAAAUGUUUGCCUGAGACUUUUGAAAUCCAGUUGAUCUUCAAGCACUCUUAUUUUUUAUUUUCUUUGUAGUACACAUUAACACUUCAUAUUACAAUUAAACUAUAGCAACUUGCAGAUUUCGAAUUCAGAUUGAUAGGAAUUGUCGUUAUUUUUACUUAAAUACCGCGUUUGAUAUGCAGCGCCUUUUCAACGAUGAGUAUUUUUUUUGGAAUUUGCCCAUGGUUUCUUUUUCUCAGUGAGUGUAGCUGAAGCUACAAGUGAAAGAAAUCAUCAUAAUUUCACUUACGUUUUGAUUAAUGUACUCUGUUAUAGCUUUGAUAAAACUAAUGCUGAGGUUCUAUUCUAAUAAAUAUAUGUAUGUAAAAUCUUGGUUUCAUAGCGCGAAGUCUUUUUGAGAGAGAGAGUGCUCCUGAGUGAAAGUGAUUCUUCAUCUUUUGAGGACGUCGACUAAGGGAGAGUGAAAGAGUGUGUUUGUAAAUCUGACAAGUGCUUUUAGGGAGAAAGUCUCGUCGUCAUUUUCCAAUUACCGAAGAUUGAAAAACACAGCUUCGCUCAAUAGUAACACAAGACCGAUUUAGGAACCUGAAAGACCCUAACAGUGUUAAUAAAGAGAGGCCACAGAGA